AUGAUCCGGCAGGGAGACCUAGAUACGCAUGAGCAUGAAUUCGUUGCCGCGAUAAAUCGAUUAACACAGAUACUCUCAACCACCCCACAAACCAAUGAAGUCGCUAUCCGCUGGCUUCUGGAUCGCUGCAACGGCAUCACCGUGGACGUCAACGGUCCAACCAAGAUGGCGAUAUGGGCACUUGCAGACAUUUUUCACAAGAGAUGGUACGUAGUGCUACCACCUGCUUACCUCAAGCAGCCGUUCAUUCUCGCGGAAGCGUUGGAAAUCGAGCGAGCUCGCCAGGCAAAUGAUGAUCGCGGGGCCUUUGCGCUGCGUGUUCAAGUACAACCUGGGGAAAAGACAGCAUCCUUCGUCAAAGUCUCGCGUCUAAAGUACUAUGUCUUGUUAUACCUAGACGAUAACGAAAAGAAGGUCGCAUUCGUUGAUUGGAACCAGGUGCCAGUGACUGUGGGUGAGACCAUAGUACGCGUCGAGGGUCCUAAACGUCAAUUCUUUGAGCUUGACCUGGCUCAAGAAGAACAUUUAAACUUUUACAGCUUGUGUCUUAGCGCGGAGCUGUGA